AUAGGUAGUGAUAUACCGAGUCGAUCACAAUGUCGAGCGAAAUCGAUGAAAUUUAUCGACGUCUGAAUGACGACAGCGAGCCAACGGAGAUCAACUGGACCGAGAGUAAGAUUCCAAAGUAUUUCGCCGGAAAAACUUUGCUGUUGAGUGGUGCCACUGGAUUCAUGGGUAAGGUUUUCGUCGAGAAAAUUCUUCGCGAUUGUCCAGAUCUGAAGCGCCUGUAUGUACUUGUCAGGCACAAGAGCGGCGUUACGCCUCAGGACAAAAUGAAGAGAUAUUUCGAAAACGGGAUAUUUGAAAGAUUGAGAAACAAGAAUCCUAAUUUCGAGGAAAAAGUUUGUACGGUGGUGGGUGACUUGCAAGCGGACCGACUUGGAUUAUCCGACGAGGAUCGGCGAGCCCUCGUCGAGUCUGUGGAUAUUAUCGUUCACAACGGCGCCACGACCAAGUUCGACGAAAAAGUCAGCGUCUCGCUGAAAAUCAACGUAUUGGGAACGAAGCACAUGCUUGACUUGGCCACGGAGUGCAAACGCAUACAAGUGUUUCUGUACGUGUCCACGGCCUACUCACACUGUUACAGGAAAAACAUCGAGGAGGAGUUUUACGAUCCACCGGGUGACUUGAAGAUGAUUUACGAUAUGAUCGCCGCUGACGAGUCGGCCAAGCAUGGUUUGACCGAGGACGUCUUGAAGAUGCUGUUGGGCGAAUAUCCCAAUGUGUACUGCUUUUCGAAAGCGAUUGCCGAGGGUUUAGUCAAGCAGCAUGGUGACACAGCUGGCUUUGCCACUGGCGUAUAUCGACCCACUGUUGUUACUGCAGCAAUGUGGGAACCAUCACCAGGAUGGGUUGGAAACAAUAACGGACCGGCAUUGAUUUUCUUGGGUACAGCAUUGGGUGUCUUACAUACCAGCUAUCACUUUGGAUAUCCAAUAGAUUUAAUUCCGGUAGAUCUUAGUAUAAAUGCUCUGAUUGGCAUCAUUUAUGACCUCGCUUUACAAUGGGAAAUUGUAAAGCAGCCAAUGAUGUAUAAUUUCGGAAGCAGCACAGUAAAUCCAACAUCGUUACCUGAGCUGUUUAAUAAUUUCUCAAUAGAAGCUCCAUAUUUUGGAUCGAAGAACGUAGUAUGGCACGCAUUUAUGAUUUUCUGUAAGAAAAAAUGGGAAUUUUGGUUUUGGCACAUACUAGUCCACUUCAUACCAGCAAUAUUCGCUGAUCUAGUAUUAUUGUGCAUGGGUAAAAAGCCAAGAGCUCUACAACUAUUUUAUUUUGGCACAAAGCAUCUAGACAAAAUAGAUUACUUUGGCAAUGGAAAUUGGCGAAUCCAUGUUCCCCAGACAUUGGAGAUAUAUGAUCGGUUAUCAAAAGCCGAUCAGACGACAUUCUACUUCGACAUUCGGAAGAUCGACUGGGCGGAUGCUGCAGUCAAUUGGUCGCGAGGCGGUCGAAUUCAUAUUGUAAAAGAACCCUUUGACAACGUAGAAGAAACGAAAAGGUUUUACCAACGUAUGAAAAAACUACACUAUGCCACCAUGAGCUUUAUCGCUGUGUUGAUCACCUAUUUCGCUAUAAAAUUCCUGCUUUAUUUAUUCAGUUUUUUCAUUGAAGUCUAGCAUUGAGGUGAUUUUCAUAACCGUCGACCAUAGAGUCAUCAUAUUAUUAUUUUGGCAGUGAUUUGAACUUCUGUUGUUACGCAACAAUAGUAUAUACUCAAAAUUAUUAUGAAUCCAAUUACUUUUAAAUUAAUAGUCAAUAUCAUAAAAUAACUAAAUUAACUGAGAAUUAAGGUUCAUUUUCUUCUUUCAAGUUCUUUCUUUGAUUCAUUUAAAUCAACGUCCUUGGCAGCUAAUAAUUCAGGAGAAUUGUUAUUUGUUAAGCCGUGUGCACGAAAGAAAAAGUCUUUUAGGGCCACAGACGAUCUUGAAACAGUGGGACGUUCGAAUAGAAAAAAGAAGUUGUAUUUUGCAGUUUGCAAACAAUUGAAAGUUUGUUAAAUAUUAAUAUAGCAAACUUAAUUCCCUUGUCUAAAAUAGACAAAACGAAUGUUUGAUAUUACUAUAGAAGUUUAUGUCUGUUUUUUAUCGAACUGAUUUUGAGCAGUCGUACCAACAAAGUAAUUGGACUUCAAAAAACAAACUCUGAAAGUUAUUUUCACGAUAUAAAAGUUUCAUUCUGUUUUUUGUUGUUAUUAAGUGUUAUUAGUUAUCUUGUUUUUGUUAAUAAAACUUUUAUUGAUCCUGAUUUUUUAAAGAUUAUUUAUUUCUUUGAGAGAACAUCUGUACUAAUUUAUUUUGAUUUAUUUGUGCAAAAUAAUAUCUUAAAUCCUGAAUUUUACUCUCUAUUUUUAUUUUAAAAAGAGAACAGAAAAAUGCGCUGAACUUCAAAUUAUAUUUUAAUUGUUUGUCUUUAAUUAUAUUUUAAUUUUAAUUAUUUGUAACAAAUGUGAUCCGGUUUUAUCGCUGUAAAAACUAAAGGUGACUGUCAUUUAUCAAAAUCUAUUGAUUUAUUUUUUCUUUCUCGUUUAUUCAAUGCUAAGCCUCCGUAUAAAUGAAAGGCAUUCAAUUAAUAUCCGAAUCCAGGAAUCAAUGGGCCCACGAGUGAAUGUGUACAUAAUUGCUCUCCCUACGCAAAAGUUACUUCAAAUUUUAGUUUCGACUACGAACGGUUAAUUCAAUCAAAAAUUUAUAAUAAAUUUGUGCCAAAAUAAAAGCACUUCUAAAACUAUCAAUCGCCUAUUGCGCUCUGCAGUCUUUUUUUCGGAAAAUAACAGCUGUCUUCAGAAUAAAUCAUUUGUAUGUAUUUAAUUCACGUAAUCACUGAUUUCUCGUAUAUUUCUUCUUUUUUUACGUUAUUUAUUGACAUUUUCACACGGGCAUACUGGUUUUACUACUUAAUUGUGGCAAGUAGUAAAAAACAAUAAAAAGUUGUCAACGAACAAUACAAAUAAAUAGUAUUUUCAAAUUAGCAGAAAAUUGUUUAUUUUUAUAAAAUGAUAUCUUCGAAAUCACUAAUUACCUUUCUUUUUGUUUGUAACGAUUUCAAUAUGUUUAUUUUGACUUAGAAAAUACGUUCGAAGGAAAUAACAUGUCUUAAGAAAAACUACGUCGAGAGAUUAUUACGCGGUCAAAAGUUCACACAUUAGCUCUAGCUCCCGUUGUCACGAAUAGUAGAGGUAUGCUACCAGGAAGCUCAAAUGUCACGUACACUCACCAAUCUUUUCGUAUAGUCUCCGGACUUCAAACUAUCGACUAGAGCGUGCGUAAGUAUAUUAAAGCGUCGCUCUCCGUCGGGGCUAUACGACGCUGGCUGCUAAAAGGGAA